ACCAUCUACCAUUUUUGUGCCUCUCUCUCUUUCUCUCUAUUUCUCUUUUAUCAAUUUUACUCAUAAAUAGCAUAUAAGAAAGAGAAUAAAAAGCUGUAGUCAAUAUUCAACAAUGGCCAUGGUAGCUGCUCUGAUGAUGAUCCUCGUGAUCGCUGCUCCGGCAGCAUACGCAACACAGUACACCGUUGGAGACACCUCAGGCUGGGCCCAGCAAGUGGAUUAUACCACUUGGGUUUCUGGCAAAACAUUCAGAGUUGGUGACACUCUCUUGUUCACAUAUACUGCUUCUUUGCACAGCGUGGACGAAGUUAGCCAAAGCAACUACGACAGCUGCAACUCCGCCAACACCCUCGCAUCCUAUAAUGGAGGAAAUACCGUCGUUAACCUUAAUACCACCGGUCCAAUGUACUUCAUAUGUCCCACUUCUGGUCACUGCCAAUCAGGCAUGAAGCUAGCCGUUACUGUCGCGGCAGCAAGCACCUCCCCAACUGGAUCACCUUCACCUCCUGGAACUCCUCCCUCAACUACCUCCCCACCGCCCCCACCGCCACCUCCGAGUAGCGGAGCGGUCGGAAACUUUGGUCACAAGAGUUUUGUAGUGCUUGGGCUUUCACUUUUGGUGGGGGCGCUGAGUACUCUUAUGAGCUAGGCAAGGGGCAGUGCUAUCUUUUUAUACUCCAUUAAUACUCUGUGCAUGGUUUCAUGAUUAUGAGAUGUAGUUUAUUUUUAUUUUUAUUUUUUUGUUUGAUGGUCAGAUUAUGAGAUGUAGUUUUAUGUUGAAUAUUAUUUUGAUUUGAAUAAAAUGGAGAUUAUGAGAUUUAGAUUUUUGUUAA